UAAAAACGACUGACAGCCUAUCUGAUAAACACUAUUCAUUAUCUCGGGACAUCAUUACUGAACAUCACCUCUAAUCAGUCCUUCCUUCGUCACCAUGGCGCUCGCUGCCCGGGCCCUGGCUCUCUUCCUGGCGUGUGUGUCAGCAGCAGGCGUCUCAGGUGAGAGUGUGAGUGUUACGGUGACCACCACGUCCGUGCAGGUCUCGUGGGAGAAGACGGGGCAAUGGAAGGGUGUGAAUUCCUUCCAUGUGAACCUCACGAUGAACGGGUACUCUUUCUGUGAGAAGGAUGUCCUAUGCUUCUUGUCCACGAGCUGCGCCUUCAACAGUGAGGCACAGUGCGGCAAGUUCUCUCCCUGCGCCGAUGUCUCCGUCACGGUGACCGGGAACAAUUUCAAGGCGCCGCAGGUGGACGUAGUGACUGCUCCUGAGCCAGUCACUGAUAUAGAUAUUAAAGGCACGAAAAAUAGUAAGACAGUCACCUGGACCAACCCUACAUCUUCAUGCCUAGAGAACCUCAUCGCAAAAGUCGAGUACGGAGGCUACUACAAUUACAUCUCGGUCCUGGACAAGAGCCAAAACUCCGUGACUGUACCGCUGUGCAUGAAUGGCCUGGGAAUCGUGAAGGUGCGAGCCAGGGGAGGCAGCGGAGAAAGUGACGCCACAAGUGUUAUUCUUUCAAGGGAGUUCCAAAACGAUGCCGUCAAGAUCCAGGACUGCCCGCCCAAGGGAUGUAAGGACGUAGUCAUUAACUGGGAGUACAAGUCAGUGUGUCCUGAUGUGGACCACCUCUAUCUGACGCUGGGGGAUGUCUUUGAAACCACCACCGAUCUCAACAUCACUAGCGUCACCAUCACGGACUUGGACCUCAACACGAAAUACAAGACUUGUCUUCACGCCUACGACGUGGACGACAAUCUGCUGGCCAGACAUUGCACCAACUGCGGAUCUCAACCUGAAGUGGUGGACAAGCUGGGUGUGACUAAUGUGUCAGACACCACAGCCGUGAUUGACUGGGAACCUCCAAUCUGUCCCACUGCCGACGAAAUCGAAUACAAUGUGUCCUACUCUAAAGUGGGGAAUGAACGCUCCUACAUCACCGCUGACUCCAUGUUCCAGUGGACUGAGCUACAACCCGCCCAGAACCACAAGUUGUGUGUGACAGUGCAGCACAAAGGCGUCUCAUCAGCCGAUCCUGCUUGUGUCAACGCCUUCACACUGCCGGAAGCUCUCGGAAAGAUCGUGGUGAGGAUUUACGACGAGUCUUCUCUCUUCAUCACGUGGGAAGCGGGUCUCUUCACACCGAACAUAAAGUACCGCGUGUCUUGGGGCGACGACCUAACUCACUCUGACUACACGGAGUAUAAAAGCUAUACCAUUGACGGCUACAACGAAACGGUGGGACCUAAUGAAGUCUGCGUGGAGGUAGAGACCAAAGUCCCCACUGGCCUGAGGAGCACCACCACUUGUCAGGAGUCGCCUUUUCCUAAUUUCAUUUCAGCCAAGCCUGACCACACCAACAUGAUCAUCGGGGUGUCCGUGUCGGCGGGUCUGGCCGUACUGCUGUCCGUGUUGUUGGUGGUGAAGGCCGGAACGGAACCGCCGUCCAGGAAGUCUUAAAUGUCCAGUUUGUGGUAAAGAGGCUGAGAGAACAUUAGGAAAGGAAAUAACAAGAGAAGCUGUAUGAGGUCAUUAUACACGCUGUCCCUGCAAUAUAUAUAUAUAUAUAUAUAUAUAUAUAUAUAUAUAUAUAUAUAUAUAUAUAUAUAUAUAUAUAUAUAUAUAUAUAUAUAUAUAUGAUUAGAGAGAGAGAGAGAGAGAGAGAGAGAGAGAGAGAGAGAGAGAGAGAGAGAGAGAGAGAGAGAGAGAGAGAGAGAGAGAGAGAGAGAGAGAGAGAGAGAGAGAGAGAAUCUUCAUGUAACAUACUCGUAACUGCUCAAACACACACACACACACACACACACACACACACACACACACUUCGUCCAAAAGACUCGUCUUAAUACAUACGUAGUACAUGGGAUAUCAAGGCAUGAACACUAUGCUAUGUAUGCACGAUCAACUCUAAUUCAAAUAAACAUGAUUUAUCAAAUGAUUGA